CGGCUUCCAGCACAGGGCGAUGAAGGCGCUGAUCCUGGUGGGCGGCUACGGCACCCGGCUGCGGCCGUUGACGCUCAGCACCCCGAAGCCGCUGGUGGAGUUCUGCAACAAGCCCAUACUGCUGCACCAGCUGGAGGCUCUGCGCCAGGCGGGCGUCGAUCACGUGAUCCUGGCUGUCAGCUACAUGUCGGGGGUGCUGGAGGGAGCGAUGCGAGAGCAGGAGCAGCGGCUGGGCAUUCGCAUCUCCUUGUCCCAUGAGAAGGAGCCACUGGGCACAGCGGGACCCCUGGCGCUGGCCCGGGAGCUGCUGACUGAGAGCUUGGAGCCUUUCUUCGUCCUUAAUAGCGACGUGAUCUGCGACUUCCCCUUCACAGACAUGGUGCGCUUCCACAAGCACCACGGCAAGGAGGGCUCCAUCGUGGUGACAAAGGUGGAGGAGCCCUCCAAGUACGGGGUGGUGGUGUGCGAAGCUGAGACGGGACGCAUCCACCGGUUCGUGGAGAAACCCCAGGUGUUUGUCUCAAAUAAGAUAAAUGCCGGCAUGUACAUCUUCAACCCCAGCCUCCUGCACAGGAUCCAGCUGCGGCCCACCUCCAUAGAGAAGGAGAUCUUCCCGGUGAUGGCUCAGGAUGCGGAGCUCUAUGCCAUGGAGCUGCAGGGCUUCUGGAUGGACAUUGGGCAGCCCAGGGACUUUCUGACGGGCAUGUGCAUGUUCCUGCAGUCGCUGAGGGUCCAGCACCCAGAGAGGCUGCACACAGGCCCUGGCUUCAUGGGGAACGUGCUGGUGGACCCAAGUGCUCAGAUCGGUGAGAACUGCACGAUUGGCCCCAAUGUCACCAUUGGGGCUGGGGUGGUGGUGGAGGAUGGGGUACGGAUCAAGCGCUGCACCAUCCUGAAAGGCUCCCGUAUCCGCUCCCACUCCUGGCUAGAGUCCUGCAUUGUUGGCUGGCUGUCGUCUGUUGGCCAGUGGGUGCGGAUGGAGAACGUGACAGUGUUGGGCGAGGAUGUCAUCGUCAAUGACGAGCUCUAUCUCAACGGGGCCAACGUGCUGCCACACAAGUCCAUUGCCGAGUCGGUGCCAGAGCCUCGCAUCAUCAUGUAGCUGCUGGGCCAGGCCAGCUCCCCUGCUACUGAACUGUUAACACUGUUUCCUGGAGCAGAGCCCUGCACACGGGGUGGGGGGGUAUGGGAACUGGCUCUGCUGGUACAGCAUGGAGCAGUACUAGGCCCUCAUGGGCUGCUGGGCUCUGAGAAGGCUGCUGUUGGGAGGGUCCGGGAAGGGGGGAAGGGAGCUCCAUGGUGGAGCAGCAGAAAGCAGGGGGCCACAGCUGUGACAUGCCUGUCCUGGGUGCUGGUAGGAGCCAAGUGUGCCACUGAGGGCCAGGCUUACAGGGCCCCACCCAAUACAAUUACACUGUCUAAAAGCGCUGAA